UUGACUGAAAACAGGGGAUGUGAAGUUGUGAACACAAACACACGGAGAAAGAAAGAACAGAGUACAAAUCUUUUAUUAAACACGUAAUUAUCAAGUGGGUUUCGAGCAUUACAAAUCGCCAGUCAUUACUAGUCUACUGUAAUUUCUAUUUCCAAAUCUAUUUGCCAGUAUUUCCAUGAGGACUCAAGGAAUCUCAUCGUCAUCAUCAUCAUCACCAUCUUCUUCUUCAACACCUCGGUGGAAUUUUAGAAAAUUUUUUGUAGAUCUUGUAUUUGCCGUUUGGCGAUGGAUUGGCGUUUGGAUUUUUAGGAAAAAUGAAGAACUUGAGAGAGGAAAUUGUAUUUCACAAGAGCUUAUACAAGAAAAAGAAGAAUCAAGUCAGGGAGCCUCAAUGUCAUCACCAUCUUCUUCUUCAACACCUCAAUGGAAAUAUGAGGUGUUUCUCAGCUUUAGAGGCGUGGAUACCCGUAGAGGUUUUACUGACCAUCUAUAUGCUGCUUUACAACGGAAAGGCAUUUUGACCUUUAGGGAUGAUGAAGAACUUGAGAGAGGAAAAUCUAUUUCGCCGGAGCUUUUGAAAGCAAUAGAAGAAUCGAGGUUUGCUAUUGUUGUUUUCUCAAGAAAUUAUGCAUUUUCAACAUGGUGCUUGGUUGAACUUGCACAUAUCGUUAAAUGCAUGAGAGAGAGAAGAUUGAUGAUUUGGCCUAUUUUUUAUGAUGUGGAUCCAUCUGAUGUACGGAAACAGACAGGAACUUUUGGACAGGCCUUUAAUGAUCGCGAAAAACGAUUUAAAGAUAACAUAAAGAUGGUGGAUAUGUGGAGGGCUGCUUUGAGAGAAGUAGCCAAUCUCUCAGGUUGGCAUUUACAAGAUAGGCAUGAGUCUGAAUUUAUCCAACACAUUGUGAAUGAGAUGAUGGAGAAAUUGAGUUCUAAAUCCUCAAGCAUUACCAAAAACUUCGUAGGAAUAGAAUCUACUAUGGCAAAAUUGAUCCCCUCAUAUUUAGGUUUUGAAAAUAGUAUUUGCAUAAUAGGGAUUUAUGGUAUGGGGGGGUUGGGUAAGACAACUCUUGCUAGAGUUAUUUAUGAUGAGUUUCGUAGUCAUUUUGAAGGUUUUAGUUUUAUUGCCAAUGUUAGGGAAGAUUCAAAAAUACAGGGAUUGCCUCAAUUACAACAGCAGCUUCUUGCAGACAUUUUGGUGGACCAAAAUAUAAAAAUAAGGAAUGUUUAUGAAGGGGUUGACAUGAUUAAGAAAAGGUUGUGUCAUAAAAAAGUUUUACUUGUUAUAGAUGAUGUUGACCGAUUGGACCAAUUAGACAAAUUGGCUGGAGAGCAAGAUUGGUUUGGAUUGGGGAGUUGGAUCAUCAUAACAACUAGAGAUGAACAUGUGUUGGUCCAACAUGGAGUACAUAAAAGGUAUAAGCCUGAAGUAUUAAAUAAUGAAGAUGCUUCAAAACUUUUUUGUUUGAAAGCCUUCAAAAUGGAACAACCCAAAGAAGGUUAUAUGCAGCUCUCUCAGGAAGUUGUAAAAUAUGCUAAUGGCCUUCCAUUAGCUCUUGUUACUUUGGGAUCCUUUUUGGUUGGAAGAACAAUAGAUGAAUGGAAAAGUGCAUUGAAAAGUUUUAAAAAAACUAAAGGAGAUAUAUUUGAUAUACUUAAAAUAAGUUAUGAUGGAUUGGAAGAAAUGUGGAAGGAGAUAUUCUUAGAUAUUGCAUGUUUCUUUAGACGGAGGAAGAAAGAUCAAGUAAUACAGAUAUUAGAGAAUUGUGAUUUCGAUGCAAUAAUUGGUAUUAGUGUUCUUGUGGAAAGAUCUCUCCUAACUGUGGAUGAUAGUGAAUAUUUGGGGAUGCAUGAUCUACUAGCAGAAAUGGGUCAAAAAAUUAUUCAUUUUGAAUCAGGUGGGAAUCUCGGAAAGCAGAGUAGGUUGUGGCUUACUGAGGACCUGCUUCGUGUAUUGAAGAACAAUAUGGCAACGGAUGAAAUUCGAGCCAUAGUUGUCAAAUACGAGGAAGAGCAUUUAAACUUUGAAGAAUUUCCUGAAAUGUUUUCAAAGAUGUCUAAUCUUAGAUUGCUGAUAAUUAAGAAGCCACUGAGAUUUGGAAAGCUGGACUCCCCGAAGGCCCUCAAUCCUGGGCAUCUUGCUAUUCCUAAUGAGCUAAGACAUCUUUCAUGGGCAUCAUGUCCUUUAAGAUGUUUGGCAUCUAGUUUCCAACCAAAGGAGCUUGUUCAACUUGGCUUGCCGCAUGGCACAUUUGAAUAUCUUUGGGAAGGAGUAAUGCAUUCAGUCAAGUUAAAGUUCAUCGAUCUUAGUUUUUCAGAAAACCUUAUUAGGACACCUGACUUUUCAGGUGUUCCGAGACUUGAGGGACUAAAUCUUUCUUGCUGCGAUAGUUUGGUUGAGAUCCACCCAUCUAUUGGACAACUCAGCAGGCUUCAGUAUUUAAAAUUGGAUAGCUGUGAAUCUCUUACCGAUCUUCCCAGCAUGUCUGCUGAAAUGCAAUCCCUUACGCUUCUUGAUCUUUCUUGUUGCUACAAUUUCAGUUCAAUUCUGAAAUUUACUGGAAUUAUGAAAAGCCUAUCGAAAAUCUCUUUGGGUGCGGCUGCUAUUAAGAAACUAGCACCCUCUUCAAUCCAGUGUUUGACUGCCCUUACUUUUUUAGAUCUAAGUUCCUGCAAAAAGCUUGAAUGUCUUCCAAGCAACAUGGAUGAUUUGAGGUCUCUUGAAACACUCAUUCUUCGCGGAUGCAAAAAACUAAAAUCAUUGCCGAGGCUUCCAUCAACUUUAAGAUUUAUAAAUGCUCAAUGUUGCUUUUCUCUAAAACCGUCACCAGCACUGGUCAAACUAAGUAGCUUGUCACAACCAGUCUUCCGGUGGCAUCCGUAUGAUGAGAGCGGCAGUGGAGUAGCUUUUACAAGAUUGUUCCGUUACCUACAGGGACUCCUUUGUCGUAAAACAGUUUAUGAAACUUCUUCCAAAAGGAAAGAAGAUGGAUCUAUAACUGAAUUUCAGAUAACUAUUCACGGAUUUGAAAUUCCAUCAUGGUUAACUCAUCAAAGUGUGGGAAAUUCAAUAAGCAUAGAGCUGCCUUCAAAUUGGUGUAAUAGUAAAUGGAUGGGGUUCGCUCUCUGUGCAUCAGUAUCAGCUUGUAAAGGGAAGAGAUUUGGUGUUGGAGCUCGUGUGACAGCCCUUGGUGAUAUGACUCAGAAUCACUAUGCCUCUGAACUUUUCAAUACGUUCAUGCAUUGUGAGGACAGUAUUUGGCUAUUGUAUUUGUCUCGUGAUGAUUGGUUUGCUGCUGUUGGGAAUGGUGAAUGCCGUAAGAUUAAGGUUAUAUUUGAGACCUAUGACUUAGCCUUUCAUGUGCAUGAAUGUGGGGUCAAUUUGGUGUACGAGCAAGAUGUGGACGAGUUCAGCCAAACAAAUGCACAAUGUUUGAUUGAGAGCUUUGGGAAAGGUUUCAUCUCUGAAUUCACUAGUAAUGACCAUCUCAAACAACCUUCAUCGUUGGCAAAUGCAGUUGGUGAUGAUGAUGAUGAUGAUGUUGAUAAUGAUGAUGGGGAUGAUGAUGACGACGACGACGAUGAUGAUGAUGAUGGGGAUGAUGGGAAUGAUGAUGAUGAUGAACUUUAAGGAUUUUGCUAAUGUAGAUGAUUCAGUCCUAUUAUGGCAUCCCAUUUCCAUGCAGGUGAUAACAAUUGAUGUCUCUAGACUCAUGUCCUGCUUAUACUUUGACUGGAUGCUAAAUAGCAAAGAUUUUCAUAGCUUGAAUUUCAGUUGAGGCUACUGUUACUGGACUUGCAUAAGCAUAUCUGUCAGUAUGACUGUUUUUCUUUUUAGAUAAAAAUCCUGGUCUGUUGUAUUAAAUUUAUAAAUGUUUUCAGUUAUAAUUAUUUGGAAAUGUAUUCAAGUGACAUAUCCUUGUAUCUUGUUUCAUAAUGAUAGUAGAGUGGGUUCUUUUCUUAA